UGAGAUAGCCCCAGAGCCCUAAAUCCCUUUUUAGGGCUCGCUGUAGAUGUUUACUUUUUUCCCAGUGGAAAACUUCAAUUUCAAACAAAUCUCCAGUAUCAAACAAUUGCCAACCAUCAGAUCGAUGAACUGUUCAAUUGCUUGCUGGUUCGAUUAAGGAAUGUCAAAAGUCAAGAUUGCAGUUGAUAAGUCAAAAUUAUUAAGUUUCCAAAAUAGAUUUCAGUCGCUAGCUCAGAGUUCAAAAUCCUCUCAAAAACACAGCUUCCUCAAGAUACCAAAAAACUCGUUUUCUAAUCCCACUUCAGUUAUAAUCUCCAAUUUAAAAGAGACGUCUUUCAAAUUAAUUAGAAGUAUCGGUUCAAAUGAUAUUAAAGAAGACGAGCAUUUGGCUGGUUUAGUUUCCUGUUCUUUUGAGUUUUUGUACUUUUUUUUUUCAAGCAAUGAUUCAAAACCUAAUUCCACUUUGGAAAUUUACCAACAUCAUCGAAAUUUUAUUUUAACAUUGAUUGAAAUUGAUGAGCUUGACUUAUCCUCCAGUGAAUUACUCUCAUUAUUUACUCAUAUAACUCAAUACCAUCAGCUUUCUACCAAUGAUAAUAAAAAAC